GUGCUUCGAAGCGUCGCGUCGAGGAAGACCGGUUCUGGCAUUGAGCCUAUGCAUGCUUAUUUUCUCACUGGCUGUUGAAAGAUUCUACGAGCUUAAAGCUACAUCAACAAUAUCCAAAACUUCCAGCAAMCAUAAAGCAUGUCGGAGUGUCACGUGAUGUUGUCCUACCAAUGGGACUCUCAGGAUCUAGUGGAUAAAGUCUAUCAUGCUUUAAAAGCUCAAGGAUUGAGAGCCUGGAUGGAUGUUCAUGGAGGCGUCUCUGGCAACAUUAAUGACAGUAUGGCAGAAGGCGUUGACAACGCAGGAGUUGUUUGCUGUUUUAUGACACAAAAAUAUUCGGAUUCCAAGAAUUGCAAGAAGGAGUUGAACUAUGCUGAUGCCCAGGAUGUUCCUAUUGUCCCAGUCAUGGUUGAAAAUGGGUUCAAAGCCAAGGGAUGGCUGGGUGUUGUGACUGCUGGCCUACUGUGGAUUAACUUUAGGGAUCCCUCAAACUUCAGUUCAAGUGUAGAAUCCCUUGCGAAGGAAAUCAUGCAUGCUGCGGAAAAUGACAUCACGCUUUCUGCGGAUGAAACAAAAGAGGCAGAGAAACAAGCCCCUAGCGAGUGCCCCACGAAAGUUGUCGAGAAGAAGCCAGGUCGUGCUUUCCGACAUAAACUGGCCAACAAGUUCUUGGCCGAGUCAGGUCAAGUGAAAUUCCAUCCACAAAGUGGAAGCCGUAGCACACUGGUACUAAGAGACAACGCCGAGGCGACCAGUUACUGGGUAGAAGAAAAACAAAAGAAAUCAGAGAUUGUCUACUACAAGAACUAUGACACCAAUGGAUACUUAGGAUAUGAUCCUAAUGGAGAUUACAUCUACACGAAAGGACAGCAUUACGGGGCCGAGGAAUGGCUGCUUAAAGCAGACGAGCAAUACCAAGGCGGUGAAAGAGCUGUGGUUUUGUUUGCAAACUUUGGCAAGAAAUACCUUGCUAUCAGGAAUGGAAAACUAACUGGAGUCAAUUCCUACUCGGAUGACUGUGUAUGGAUCCUGGAGUAAAGUGUAUGUGAUGAUCAGUUAGGAUCAGAUAAUGGGAAUUAAAGCAUGAAUACAGUGAUAAUAUUUAUAUUGGUUGAUCAUUAUUACAGACUGUAAUACAUUUUGCAUUGGAAUAAACGAAAGACUGGAUUGUAAUUUCUGUACCCA